GGAUCGCCCGGGUGCGGCUCCGCUGUUCCCGGACGCGGCGGGGCUCAGCCCCCUGCCGUUAAAUGCCGGAGCCCAGCAGCGCCCGGAACGCAGUGCGGGCGGGAAGCUGGGUGCGGGAGACAUGGGCCAAGGAUUCUACAUCAGCCGCACUCUGGCGGCCGUGGCGGGCGUCCUGGCGGCCGGGGCGGCGGCCACCAUCAUCGCGCUUGCCGUCGUCCUGGCGCAGGAGCGAGCUAGCCAGCCUUCUGAUAACGGGGCAGGCGGCCUCAGCACCCCGGCGCCAGGCGGUCCCAGCACCCCGGCGCCGGGCGGUCCCACCACCCCGGCGUCCCCACCUCAGCCCUGGCAGCGGCUCCGCCUGCCAACCGACCUGCUCCCGCUCCACUACGAGGUGAGCCUGUGGCCGCGGCUGCGACCCGAGCCCGGCACCAACGACUUGUACAUCUUCACCGGCAACUCGUCGGUGUUGUUCCGCUGUGUCAACGCCACCAACCUGAUCCUCAUCCAUUCCGACCGGCUGGAUCUGAGCAGGUCGUCGGGGCAGCUGGCCUGGGUACAGGAUGCGGCUGGGAAGUCGGUCGCCGUGAACGACAGCUGGUUGCAGAACAACACCCAGUAUCUGGUCGUCCGGCUCGUCGACCGGCUCAAGCCCGGCGCCAACUACUUCCUCCACACCAAAUUCACCGGACGACUUGAUGACGACCUCCGCGGUUUCUACCGGAGUCAGUACGAGCUCGGGAACGAGAUCAGGAUCAUCGCCACCACACAGAUGCAGCCAACAGAUGCGCGUAAAGCUUUUCCCUGCUUCGAUGAGCCUGCGAUGAAAGCCACCUUCGCCAUCAGCCUGAUGCAUGAGCCAAACUACGUUGCUCUCUCCAACAUGCCAGUGCUGAAAAAUACAACCGUGACUAUCGAUGGUAUCCAGUGGAACAACGUUACCUUUAACACAACUCUCAAGAUGUCCACGUACCUUCUGGCUUUUAUUGUUUGUGACUUUGAUUAUGUGGAGAGCAUCUCAAAUAAAAUUAAGAUCCGUAUUUGGGCUCGAAAGGCUGCAAUUGAUCAGGAACAGGGCUCUUACGCUAUCGAUGUUACUGGAAAAAUCCUCACAUUUUUCGAAUCUUACUACAAAGUUCCCUACCCACUCCCGAAGUCAGAUCAGAUUGCUCUCCCUGAUUUCAACGCCGGUGCGAUGGAGAACUGGGGCCUGGUCACGUACCGGGAGACAGCUCUCCUGUAUGACCCAUUGCUGUCUUCCAAUGGCAACAAGGAACGUGUGGUGACGGUCAUCGCGCAUGAGCUUGCUCACCAGUGGUUUGGAAAUCUGGUGACUCUGAAAUGGUGGAACGACCUGUGGCUGAACGAAGGCUUUGCCUCGUACGUUGAAUAUCUGGGAGCUGAUCAUGCCGAACAGUCGUGGAAUGUGACGUUACUAACGGUUUUGAAUGAUGUUUACCGAGUGAUGGCUGUUGAUGCGCUGGUAUCGUCCCACCCUCUCUCAUCUAAGGAGGAAGAGAUUAACACGCCUGCCCAGAUCAAUGAACUGUUUGAUGCCAUUUCCUACAGCAAGGGAGGAGCGGUUCUCCGCAUGUUGUCCAACUUCCUCACGGAGAAGGUCUUUCGCUCUGGCCUGGAAGAAUACCUCAGGAAAUUUUCCUAUGGCAACACUGUGUACUCUGAUCUCUUUGAUGAACUCCAGCAGGCUGCCGAGAAGACGCAGGUCACGCUGCCAGCAACGGUCAAUGAAAUAAUGAGUCGAUGGACACUGCAGAUGGGUUUCCCAGUGGUCACCAUCAAUACAGCUAAUGGAGUCAUCAAACAGCAACAUUUCCUUCUUGAUCCUAAUUCAAAGGUGACGCGUCCGUCAGAGUUUAAUUACGAAUGGCAUGUGCCAAUUCAGUGGAUGAAGAGUAAUUCAGUGAGCAGCUUAACCUGGUUAAUGAAGAAGGAAGACACCAAGCCAGAGAUGAUAUCCACUGGGGAAGACUGGGUACUGGCCAACAUUGACGUUGUUGGAUAUUACCGAGUGAACUACGAUGACAGAAACUGGGACAACCUUAUCAAGCAAUUGAGGACCGACCACACAGUUUUACCGAUAUUAAACAGAGCCCAAAUAAUUGCCGACUCUUUCAAUCUCGCAAGGGCUGGGUACCGCAGAACCACGUUAGCGCUGAAUACAACCACGUACCUGCAGAAGGAGCGAGAGUACAUCCCAUGGGAGGCUGCCCUUGACAACCUGGCCUACCUCAAGGUCAUGCUGGACCGCAGCGAUGUCUUUGGGAACAUGCAGAAAUACAUGGUCCAGCAGGUGACUCCGUUGUAUGAACACUUCAAAAAUACUACUCAGAACUGGACACGGCCAUCAGAAGGUCAUAUGGACCAGUACAAUGAAGUCAAUGCCAUGAGUGUGGCUUGCUCCUACGGACUCAAGGAGUGUCAGAAGAAAGCAGAGGAGUUUUUCAGACACUGGAUGAUUUCAGGCAAUAAUACGAUCCCACUGAACCUGAAGUCGGCGGUCUACUGCAGUGCUAUAGCAUCAGGUGGAGAGAAGGAGUGGGACUUUGCCUGGGAGAUGUUCAUGAAUGCCACAAUAGCCACAGAGUCUGACAAAUUACGAGGAGCUCUGGCCUGCACCAAACAACCAUGGCUGCUGAACCGGUAUCUGCAGUAUGCACUGGAUCCGAGCAAGAUUCGGAAGCAAGAUGCCACCUCCACCAUCUCUGCCAUUGCCAGUAAUGUAGUUGGUCAGUCUUUGACAUGGGACUUCAUCAGAGCAAACUGGGCAACCAUUUUCCAGCAGUAUGGUGGUGGUUCCUUCUCAUUCUCGCGACUAAUAUCCAGCGUCACAGAACGAUUUUCCACAGAGUUUGAGCUCAAACAGCUUGAACAGUUUCGGAAGGAUAACGAGCACAUCGGAUUUGGUUCUGGAACGCGUGCCCUUGAGCAGGCUCUGGAGAAGACCAAGGCCAACAUCAAGUGGGUGAAAGCAAACAAGGAUCCUGUCAAUCAGUGGUUUUCCGACGCCUUAAUCCAUCGGUAAAUGUAAAUAGUGAAUCUCUUUGGUGUCUGGAACUGGAGUUGACCAGCAUCAGAAAGUUCACCAGAUCUGCACUGCAGAGGAGGAUGUUCUGUAUUUAAAAUAACAGGAAACUCAGGAGUUGGGUAAUUUCGAGAUGUGUUUGGGUGAUGAUCCACAAAAUCGUGAACUCAGACCAUAUCAACCAUUGAAGGGAUUUGACGUAUCACUUAAAUAACAGUGCCAAGACUUUGGUUAAUGCAGCCUUUUGGAAUUAAUUCUUGGUGAACCAAUUAUGCCUUAAUGAUUACUGCAAAUGAUUAUUUUUUAUGUCCCUGUGUUGAGCUUAAUUCCAUUUGUCAACGUUGUGUAUCUUCAGGGAGGUGCAAAGACUGUGCUUUCAGUAAUAUUUCUGUAUAGUUUCUGAAUAAGUUAAAUUGUUUACUCACAUGAUUAAUGAAUGAGAGAAGACCUCAGGUAAUUCCUGUUAUCAGGAGUAUUCUGUGGGGAAAAUGGUGCAGAGCCUCUUGACUGUGAAAUAAUCUACUCUCCUGUGGUAUCCACCACAGCACAGUGUGAAAAUACAUCUUCCCAAGGAGCGUACUCAGGAAACAUUCGGGUCAGUCAUUCCCGAAAAUCUGCAACAUAAGGUUCGACUUUAUCCGUGUGCCUUUCUGAUGGAACAGCAACACUCCCAGUAGCAGCCUGUGGUGUGUCCAACAGGGCAGGCACUCAGCCAGGAAACGAAAGCCAUUGCAGAUCACUGCAGCAACACGGAGUAGCCGUGGAAACCUCACACGAAGAACGUAAAUUCCGUCUGCAGCAACGUCACCUCUUUGUUGUACCUUUUCUCAAUAAAAAUCUGCCAUUCAAAAUCA